GUUAUCGAUACCUAGUACCUCUCCAUAUGCGAUCAUGACUGCAAAGCUGCUCAUCAUUGACCACGACUGAUGCACUGAUAGAUACCCUGCUUCUCGCCGAAGUACAUCUCGGGCCCUCCUCACUCUCGCGGGUCCCUGGUACCCCGUUCCGAAUCUCACCAGGCAACCAGUCCCCACCAACGCCCUACCAAGAUGUCGUUCAAGAACGUUAUGAAGGAUGGGUGGCAUCCCAAGGGUAAAGAUGGUGGCAAGGAGUCAUGGAGAGGUGAUUUCAAAGGCAUAAAUCAGGUGGCAGGAUGGAUGGGCAAACCUCGAGAUCCUAAGGCGGGGGAAACCGAAACCCAUGUCUCACGACCAUUAUCUACUCUCAAAGAUCCGUCUUCUUUUGGUCCCCCACCCAAAAAUGUCAAUUAUCAUGGUGGUGCAGCUCUCCCAAACGAAAUAACUCCCCACCGAAGUGGAUGGGGUGCGCCCUUGACGCCAGAGCAGACACAAUCGGCCCGUGCUCAAGUGAAUGGUUCACAGCCUCAGACUCAGGAGGAAGAAGUACCCGAAAGACCAGCCGGACCCCCCCUACCUUAUCGAGCUGAUAGAACGGGCCUCAAGACCGAUCACUUACCCCCGCCUCCAACACACCGAGAUGUCAACAGAAGUCCUGGUCCAUCUACCUCAAGCCCAGCUCCUUCUAACGCACCUCGGCCUGGUCUUCCACCGAGACUUCCCAAUCGACAGAAUACUGGGAGUAGCGUUGUCUCAAAUCCUGUGGUUUCUCCACCUCCUGCCACUGCACCUCCAGCUUACGAGACUCUCGCUCAACCCUCGGAGCCGCAGCCUGGCAAUCAUUUCGGGAGCGACAAUGGCGCAACUCAGAGGUUAGGUAAUGCUGGAAUCUCUGUGCCUGGGCUCGGCAUCAACUCACAAAGUUCUAUGAAUCCGUGGCAAAACGAGCAAAGCAAAGGAUCCAUUCCCAAAACACCCUCGCCGAAACCUCAGCCUUCCGCGACCGCAAACCAGGUUUCUGAACUCCAGUCUCGUUUCGCCCGAAUGACGUCGGCGAGCAGUGUACCGACUCAGAGCAAUGUUGCAACCCCAGCAACUCAAAAUCCACCACCUGUGCAAUCUCAACCCAAUUUCCAGGACCAGAGCCAGCCUCAAGGAUCGACUUGGGCGGAAAAGCAAGCAGCCCUACGAACGGCCUCCAAUCUCCAAAAGGAUCCGUCAAGCGUGACAAUGGCGGAUGCCAGAUCUGCCGCCACCACUGCCAACUCUUUUCGUGAACGUCACAAGGACGAGAUUAGUUCGGCAAGUCAACGUGCAAACAGUUUCAACAAGAAAUACAACGUGACCGGUAAACUGAACGCAUUCCUAGAAAAACAUGCGUCUCCAACCAACGAACAACCACCACAGUUGAAUCAGCAACAACAAUCACCACAGCCCCAAAACGACUACUAUCCCCCACAAGCCACCCAGGCAGUGAAUCCACGCCAGACGCCCGAGUACGCGGCAUCGAUAUCCCGUAAGCCACCUCCACCGCCACCGCCCAAGAAACCGGCCAACAUGCACGGAAAUGCCAACCCAGGACACUCCAACGGCGUGACGAGCCCGCCUCCGCUCCCUUUGUCGACCAAACCAGGUGCAAAGCCCGGAUCGACGGGUACGCCCAUGCAGCCCAUGUAUCCCACGGGACCCAUGGGUGAAGGCGGCGGCACAGGAGGUUGAACUUUGUGCCUCUCUGGCCAACAGUGACUUUUAUUUGCGACGACCGUCUUGUCCACUCGUCCACUUGGACGCUCUGGAUAAUAUACGUAUAAUUCCAUAUCCAAUAUCUACCUUGCAUUGUACCCUGUCCUCCAUUCAGCCACGAUCCGAUUUAACUGUGCAGAUAGAAAUCGAUA